CAACUGCAGUUAAGUAUGAAGCAAAGGAUUUACUCUUUUGCAUCAAAAAACUGGCCAUUUGGAGAUGUACUAUGCAAGAUUUCUGUCACACUAUUUUAUACAAACAUGUAUGGGAGCAUUUUAUUUUUAACCAGUAUCAGCGUUGACCGUUUUUUAGCAAUUGUAUAUCCAUUUCAGUCAAAGACAAUCAGAACAAAAAGAAAUGCAAAGAUCAUCUGCAUUAUAAUUUGGAUAAUUGUGACAACAGGAAGUAUACCAGCAAGCUUCUUUCAAUCCACCAAUGCUCGUGUUAGUUCUGAAGGAUGGACACACAAUACAUGUUUUGAACACUUUUCUGAAAAAACUUGGAAAACUUAUCUUUCAAGAAUUAUUAUUUUCAUCGAAACAGUAGGCUUUUUUAUUCCUCUCAUACUGAAUGUGACAUGCUCUGCAAUAGUUAUAAGGACAUUAAAUAAGCCAAUUACAAUGACCAGGAAUAAAUUAAGUAAAAAAAAAGUUCUACGAAUGAUACUCGUUCACUUACUGAUUUUCUGUUUCUGCUUUAUUCCGUAUAACAUCACCCUAAUUUUUUAUGCCCUCAUGAGAACACAAGCCUGGAUUAAUUGUUCAGUUGUUACUGCUGUUAGAGUUAUGUAUCCAAUCACUCUAUGUAUUGCUGUUUCAAACUGUUGUUUUGACCCUAUAGUAUAUUAUUUUAUUUCAAGUAGUAUUCAAAAUUCAAUAAAAAUGAAAACUUCAUCAACUAGAAAACAGAGAUUUCCUGAAACUCAAGUUUCUGAUAUUCAAGUUAGAUUCCAAGCCUUAAAAGCAAGAGUACUGGAUACUGAAUCUAUCAUAUAAAUGGUAUUGACAGAUUUAGAAAAUAGAAUGUUUAAGCUAUAAAUAUUCUUCUUGUUUCUACAAAUAUAAGAGAUUAUAUUGAAUUUAAAACUUGUGAAUUUUAAACACUAUUUUUAAUCUGUAAGUCAUUGUUUCCUGAAAUUUAUAUUAUCAAAUUAGAAAAAUAUUCCAUCUGUUUGGAUUAAAAAAAAACUUUUUAUUAUUCAAUGUUGUAGGAAAAGGAGGUGUUAGAAUAAAGACCUAAUAGGUUUCCUUAUUAUACAAUAAAUUGUUUUCUUUUUAUGUUACUAGUAUCAAUAUUAACAUCAUUGACUUUAAUAUUUUACUAUUUUAUUCAAAGAUAUUGAAAAGACUGUGGAACUGUAUAAUAAAUUCUACCAUGUAAAAGUGGAAGAGAAGUAAUUUAUGGUGAUUAUUUACCAGACUGAGCCUUGGUAAAAUCUAUUUGAAUUAUGAAGUAUUAAAUGUAAGUUUCAACUAUCCCAUGGUAUUAACAAAUUCUAAGUGAGAUAUUAUUAUCUCCAAAAUUUUGGUGAUAGUUAAAAAAAUUCCUACUGUGAACGAGAAAACAAUAUUUGCAUAGUUUUUAGACAGAAUAUUAUGAGAUUUUCAGAUACAUUUUAAGGAAGUAUGUUAGUUAAUUGCAGCAAAAAACUGGAAUUAUAUUGUACCUUAGGAGUCCCCAAUCUCUAUUUGGAAUUGGACCGCACGAGUGGCUGGCUGGCACACGCACGCAUGCAUGCAGCUCAACUUGUAUGAGCGGGGGGGGGGGAGGUGGCAGGCAAUUGCACGUAUGCACGCCAACUCACCACUCGCACUGCCCAGUUCCCCUCUCCCCUCCAACUGGACUGCCAACCUCCAGAGGCUGUGGACCUCUGCCUUAGAAAGAUACAUAAAUGCAUCUUUCUGAGUAGAUAACUUGUGAUAUUCUUGAACUGUUUCAGCUAGUAAUAAUAAGGAACAAUUAAUACACUAAGUUCACAACAUAAGAUGUUCAUUUAGUUUUAGCUUAAAAUAUGAAUCUAGUUAUACAGGUAGUCCUCAACUUAUGAUAAUUGACCCCAAAAUUUCUG